AUGCAUGCCUUCUUUGAUGGCUACAUUAGCGGUCGAAGCUCUCUAAAGCAGUUUGUUGAGCAAUAUGAGGUUGCUCUCAGGUUUAAAUACGAGAAGGGAUUGGAGAGCCAAACCAGCAAAAGAAAACAUCUUGUACGACCUACCAUCGUAUCCGACUGGGAUAUGCAGAUAUAUGGCCACUACACCUGCGCUAUUUAUGAUUUCUUUAGGGUGCAUGUUGUAAGGCUACCACACUGUGAAAUUGAAAGACAUGUCGAUUUCAAUGCGGUGGAGGGAGUUGAGGUAUAUAACGUGACAGACUGUUCCAUACAAAGUGAUUAUCACGGUGAUAAUUUUGUCUUCACCGUGGAGUACCGUCCCGCCAAUCAAUAUAUUGAAUGCAAUUGCAAGACCUUCGAAAGUGAAGGGAUUGCGUGCUGCCACAUUAUGAGGACGAUGACUUUCAAAAAGAUUCGUCUGUUUCACGAUAGAUAUAUACUUCGCUGUUGGAGGAGAGACAUAGUCCGUCCACAUCUAAGUAAAUUCUUUCCAGGAGGGUACCCAACAAUGACAGACGAGUAUCGAGUGUACAAUGGGAUCAAGAAAUGGCUUGAUAGAAACUGCGACCUCGUAUUGGACUGUCCCAUUAGACGCAGGACCUGA